AUGCCUCAAUCCUUCCGCCAAACAACGGGAGCUCGACCUUCCACCGCCACACCCUCCGACUCCGUCCUGAUCAUCAUCGGCGCCUGGAACGAGUACACGGAAGGUGCAUUGAAUGGCACCGAUGCUGCCAACCCACACAAAGCAACGGCGUCCUUGCUCAACAGAUACCGCGAGGCCAACGGCCAGAUCGUGCACGUUGACCACCAAAUUCCCAAUAGAGCUCCGGUCUCCACGCCCGGCCCUCGCCCCGCAUGCGUGUCCACCACCGCUCGUGACGCUGUCCGCUUUAGGCAUGACACCAUCAUUGUGGUGAAGGACUGCGUUGGCGAUCGAGCCAUCCCAAAAGCCAGCAGAGCGGAGGUUAGUCAGGUUACCAAGAUGGCAAUGCAUAACUUGAUUUGCUUUGCGACCAUCGUGCAGAGCUCGGAGAUCAACCAGCAUGUGUAG